CUCUGCUGCACACAGAUCACUCACACUCUCGCACCACACAGAUCGAUCGAUAGAAAUACAAAGAGAGAGAGGAGAGAGAGAGAGGGGAGGAGAUAGAGAGAGAUCGAAUUAAUGGGGAGGAGAGCUUGCUGCGCAAAGGAAGGUAUGAAGAGAGGGGCGUGGACGAGCAAGGAAGACAACAUGCUGGCGUCGUACAUCAAGGCCCAUGGGGAGGGGAAGUGGAGGGAGGUGCCCCAGCGAGCUGGCCUGCGGCGGUGCGGCAAGAGCUGCCGGCUGCGGUGGCUCAACUACCUCCGCCCGAACAUCAAGCGCGGCAACAUCUCCGACGACGAGGAGGAGCUCAUCGUCAGGCUCCACACCCUCCUCGGCAACAGGUGGUCUCUCAUUGCAGGCAGGCUGCCGGGCCGAACAGACAAUGAAAUCAAGAACUACUGGAACAGCACGCUCAGCCGGAAGGUCGGAUCCGCCGCCGCCGGCGUCGGUGGCAGCACCCGCGGCAGCGGCACGGCGGACAGCGCCGGGGCCAGAGCGACGGACGCGGCGUCGUCCAGCUCCGUCGUCCCGGGCCAGCAGCAGGCCGCCGCUUCCGGCGCGGACACCGACAACGCGACGGCGACGACGACGACGACCACCGUGUGGGCACCCAAGGCCGUGCGGUGCACCCGCGGCUUCUUCUUCCACCGGGAAACGUUAACGGCGCCGACCCCGCCGCUCGCCGAGGCGGCGCCGACCGGGGAAGGAGACGGAGACGGAGACGGAGACGGAGAUGACUGCAGCGGGAGCAGCUCGGUGGCGACGACGACGUCGAGUACGUUCCCAGCGGUCGAGCCGUGCUCCAUCUACGCCGGCGACGACUGGAUGGACGACGUGAGAGCCUUGGCGUCGUUUCUUGACUCCGACGACGCCUGGAACUUGUGUGCGUGACAUUGGUCUACUAUACGUACGUACAUACGUACGUGUACGCAUGUUUACGUACGUCUCACGAAGGAAUAUAUAUACAAAGUGCUCGAUCGUACGGUAUUGUGGGUAUGCAUCAACACUUUUCUCAAGGAAAAAAUUGCACGAACCUAUAACGGUGUAUUUUAAUUUCACAAGAAAAAAUGAGGUGUCUCUGACUCCUGCAAUCGCACGCCUAUGAUCAUGUUGGUGUAUUUUAAUUUAUAUACAAAGUCUAACUAUAAAGUCAAGCUAUAAGUAAAUCUUGGAUAUAACAAAGGGGCUGCUAUAAUUACAUGAUCCUCCUUUAAAAUAGAACGAUUUUUAUGAGGUACCAAAUACGAUAUCUUAGUGAUAUCGAAUAUGAUACUGCGAUACUAGUUGAUAAUAAGAUCGUACCAUGUAAUAUUUGAUU